UUCGGUCGCAUCGAUUCUAAUGGACCGCCUUCGAUUUCUGCUUACGGUUCUGAUUCUAAUUCCCACCGGUGAAGUUAAUCCGACUCCGGUUUGCUACGGUGAUGCCAGGGAUCACUAUCUUCAACCAGGGAAGAACCACCACCAGCAAACCGAACAUUCUCCAUUUCCACCGGAUAAAUGCCGCUUGGCCAAAGAGAUGGAACAGGAGAUUCACGUUUUACGCACUUUGAUGGACAAAUGCGACCGAUGUCUGGCGGAAACGACGACUCUAACCGGGGAGGGCGGUGACGGUCGGAGGCGGUGUUCCGAAGGGCCGUGCUUCGGACAAACGCCCUGCAUCGAAACGAGUGACGGCAAAACCGUCUGUGGACCGUGUCCGGUGGGAUUCGACGGAAAUGGCACACACUGUCACGCCAGAACGGGUUCAACCGGCCAUUGCUGAAUGCCACGGAUAGUAGCGAAGCCCAGCAUUGCCGCAUACGCACCGGUUCGGAAUUUGAUUAGCCUUGGUUUACAGGAGACGCACACGCACACACUCACAUACACAUGUUUACAGAGAAGGAAAAAUUUACAUUUUAAUCAAACCUUUUGCACUUCGGUACCGGAACACAAAUACCCAAAGGAGUGCCUGUCGGCGGAUGACGCUUGUUGAUGAAUCUAUGGUUAUUUUUUUCUGCGAAAGUUCCCUACUUUCUCCACGUUGUCUGCGAAAUAAAGUUCACAUUUUGUAAGCU